AUGAACGUGAACUCAAAUAUCUCUUAUUUAUUACUAUUGCCUCUUUUAUUCACAAUUUUUAGUUUGGGAGUCUCACAAAGAUAUGAAGGUGACAAUUGCAAUUUAGGGACAGUAUCUGGUAAAUGCCGACUUAUACGAGAUUGUCCUUCGGCAAUAACAGCUUUGCAAAAUAGAGGAGAACGACCGCAAAUAUGUGGCUUCUUAGAAACGUUGCCAAUUGUUUGCUGUCCUUCAGAAACAUCAAGUUCUACAAGUAAUCAGAAGCCGAAUUCUAGUCAAAGACCAGGAUCCAAUCAACAAAAUAACCAGAAUGCAGUGUCCAGACCGACUCAAACGAGUUUUGGAGACGGAAAUGUUGGCAGCAAAGCAAGAGCUAUGUGUCGGCAAUAUGGAGAGUACAUAUAUGAAUGGAUCACACCCCCUGUUCAAACUUUCAAUUCAGGAAAAGUAAAAGUAAAUAGAUGUGGCCACAAAGCAACUGAACUAGUUAUUGGAGGAGAGCUCACCAAACCUAGAGAAUUUCCUCAUAUGGCUUUGCUGGGCAUGGGUGACAAAAAUUCUAAAAAAUGGACAUGCGGUGGAACUUUGAUAAGUGAUGAGUUUGUUCUGACUGCCGGACAUUGCAUAUUUUCAUCACAAGAUGGUGAAGUGAAAUGGGUACGCCUUGGUGAAAAUAAUAUUCAGAACUCGCAGGAAACGGAAACGCAAGAUUUUGAAGUUGCCCAAAUUAUAAAACACCCGCAAUACAAAGCACCUUCUCGUUACAAUGACAUUGCCUUAUUACGCCUGGACCGCAAAGCUAUUUUGAACAAGUACGUAAUACCAGCAUGUCUACAUACCGAAUUUAACAUAGGACAUCAAAAGGCCAUUGCCACUGGUUGGGGUAGGACACACACUUAUGGUACUACAAGUCAGCAACUGUAUAAGGUUACCUUAGAAUUAUUUUCUCAACAAGAAUGUAAUGAUACUUAUGCCGCAUUUAUAUCAAAUCGUAGAUUGAAAUAUGGAAUUGUACCAGAAAGCCAAAUGUGCGCCGGACAUCAUACUGAAAGUAAAGACACUUGCCAGGGUGAUUCUGGAGGUCCUUUGCAAACUUAUCUAAAUGACCCUACCUGUAUGUAUGAUGUCAUAGGUAUUACAUCUUUCGGAAUUGCUUGCGGAGUCGUUGGAAGUCCAGGAGUUUAUACGAGAGUUUCGGAAUAUUUGCCAUGGAUUGAACAGACUGUAUGGGGAUAA